UGAAGGUACACACAAGUCUUUACUUUACGGUUUCUAAGUUUCGAUACAUACAAGUCCGCCGUGGUACUUCCUAUUUAUUUCACUCACCCUCAUCCUUCCGCCAUUCAACGCGACGUGGCGUUUAGGGUCUGCUUGAAACGACGACGUUUGUUCCUUCUUGUAUGUUCCUCUGAAAUCACAAACGGAGUUUUGUUAUUAAAGAAAACCCCUACGAUUGCUCCCUCAAUUUCUUGUUUGUUCUACCAAUUGCUGAAACCAGGAAAGGAGCUGAUAUGCAUCUUUGCUUACACAUUACAGACAAAUCCUGACUUAGGGUAUUUUCAUAGUGUUCUGAGUUAUAUCUUCCUUCUUCUUGCCUUUCAUUCUGCUCAUGAACCCUAUGCAAGAGAUAAGCACAACAAAAGCCACAUCAAAGCUACAACGAAGGGCAAAAGGCAAAAAGAAGAGGGGUCUAAAUGAUGUUCAAGUAGCAGAAACACCAUCAGAAUUCUCAUUUGCUAUAGCCAAAACUGCAGUUUCUCAGAUUUGCCAGUCAGUUGGCUACAGAAGAUCCAAAUAUGAUGCUCUUGAAGCCUUAACUAGUGUUACUACCAAAUAUCUCGAAGCCAUUGCAAGAUCAGCUGCCUCUUUUGCUAAUGCAUCCAAUCGUACGGACUCCAAUCUCUUUGAUCUCAUCAACAGCAUUCAUGAUCUGUCUUCAGUUCGAGGAUUUCCUGGUGGUUCAAAAAUGCACACAAGUAACCUGCUGAGGUCUGCACCUCUAAAAGACAUUGUGGAUUUUGUCAAAUUUUCCAAAGAAGUGCCAUUUUCCAAACCAAUUCUAUCAAAAAAUACUCAUGGAAGUCAAAAUCCAGAAAUAACCAUUGAUUCUUGCCCAUCAAUAGAUUGCUCUAAGAAUGCUAAAAUACAAUGUUUGCAUAUACCAAGAUGGCUCCCAGAUUUUCCUAGCGAAAGCUUAUACAAAAAACGGGUUUUGGUUAAUGAGAGGAAAUGUGGUGAGAAAUUGUGGGAACAUUCACUUGCCAUGGAAGAUUGCAGAGGUAACACGGAGGCAAACAGCGGCAUGUUAAAGAGCAACAAUGACAUUAAUGAAAAAGAAGAGAAAGACACCAGGAUGGAAUUGGCAAAGGGAAGAGAAAGGGUGAAAUUUAAAUUUGGAAAGGAGGAAGAGAAGCAAAUUGGGUUGGGUAUGAAUAUGAUGAAUGGGGUAUGUAAAGGAAGGAAAAGAGUGUCUUGGAGUCAUUACAAAAUCAAUGACUGUAUGGAUAAUGAAAAUGAAGAUGAAAGGAAUGCAUUAAAGAGUGAGAUGAGAUAGCAUAUGAUUGUUAUGGAAAUUAUUUUGGAGACUAUUCUUCAUGGAUUAGCAUUUUUCAGGACUGGCCCUACCUACUCUAAAGCUACUUACUACAGUUUUUUUUAUAGUAUAAUAUUUUUUAAUAUAUACUUAUAAUCCGCAUUUAUGUGCUGAAUUGUUAACAGUGGUUCAGCGGAUUGCAACUUUAUCGAUGUGUAUGAGGUCCAAGGAUUGAAUCUGGCGUGAGGCAAUUAUUUUCAAUUUCAACUCCAUUUUGUGUCA